AUGGCGCCUACUUCGUUUAGCACGAAUAUGAGUGAAUUGAACGAGGAACCGAUUUCUCGGACGUACCAAUACAGAAAAGUGAUGAAACCGAUGUUGGAAAGGAAAAGAAGAGCCAGGAUAAAUCGUUGUUUGGACGAAUUGAAGGAACUGAUGGUGACGGCUCUACAAAACGAAGGCGAAAACGUAUCGAAAUUGGAAAAAGCCGAUAUAUUAGAAUUGACGGUUCGACAUUUGCAUAAUUUGAAAAGUCAUCAUCAACUGGUUUUGUCACCGGAACAAUCGUACGCGGAUCGAUUUCGCGCGGGAUUUACGCAAUGCGCUCAAGAGGUGACGCAUUUUAUUACGAAUCCAUCGGACGUCGUGGAUCCCGAUGCCGGUAGGAAACUUCUGCAGCAUCUCGGCGCUUGUGUACGUCAAUUGGAUUACGUGUCGCACAAUUUCAACGUCCACUACACGCAGAAAAAUAAUUUAGUUUCCGUAUCGUCGGAUACGAAGACAAAAGGUAAUUCGGCGCCUAUGUGGAGACCGUGGUGA